AUGUGGCAACCCAAACAGCCUGGGGUGGAGAUGAAGCCCGAAGGUUCAGGAAAAGCUAGAAAGAGGAAACACCAGGAUGGAAGUGGAACAGAGACAGAGUCUGACGCUUUGGGACAACGUACAAAGACCAAACGCCAGGAUGGGACAGAGAUGAUAUUUAAAGAACCUGGCAAGGCCUGGAAGAAGACCCCUCCGGAGCAUCAAGACCUAGAGCUUGAGAGAGACCAGUCGGGUAAGGGUCAGGUACAGAAAUCCCCGGAAGACGGUCCAAGACAAGCCCUAGAGUACAUCAAAGGCCCUCCAGAUCAGGCUGAGAGGAAGCCUGCUGAUUGUCGCAAGGGGUGUAAGCGUCCCUACUCUGCCCUGGAGGAAAACCGACAAAGCUCCCCAAAGGAAAAGCACGAGAGGUUACUUAAACACCUUAAAUGUGUUGAAGACCCACACCCUGACCCACACAGGCCUCAACCAAUAACAUCCAAGAUGAAGGGCAGCGUGUCAGGGCACAGUCAUCAAGAUCAAGAACCACCUACACCAGACGAGAGAGAGGGCAGAUAUUCAGAGGACAAGUCCAUUACAGAAAAGGAAGGUGGUGUAAAGCAUGACGCAAGAAGGGGGAACAACUUGGAGCCUGCCUUACCCGGAACACCAGCUCCAAUCAUCCUGGAUAGUCGCGGAGGCGAUAGCUUCCUCCCCAACAGGAUGGCAGUACUUGCGGCAGAGAAAAAGCCUGUCAAAAACCUAAAGGGGGGCAAAGAAGUCGAUCAAAAUUUUCAUGUUACAGAAGAGAUGGAGAAGGAUAUUAAGAGGGCGCUAGGUCCAGGACCCCAAGAGGAAAUCCUAAGUAAUAGAUUCAAAUUACAAAUCACCCGAAGAGAUAUCCAGACCCUGAAGAACGGU